CCUUUUUAAAGUUUUUCCGGGUAGUCAAUCAUCGAUCACUCACAUCUCUUCUCCUCGCUCUUUCAUUUUCUCUCUACACUCCCUUGAAACCCCAUCAACCUCUCUCUCUCUCUCUCUCUCUCUCAGAUGGCAACACAGUUACCAGCUGCUGAGGAUCAGACCCCUGCGGACACACUGAAAUACCAGACAUGGACCUUGAAAGUUUCUAUUCACUGCGAGGGCUGCAAGAAGAAAGUCAAGAAAGUUCUUAAAGCCAUUGAAGGUGUUUAUACAACUACGGUAGAUGCUCAGCAGCACAGAGUCACAGUGACGGGCAACGUGGGCGUGGAGACUCUUAUUAAAAAGCUGGCUAAGGCGGGAAAACACGCAGAGCUUUUGCCUGAACCGAAGAAGGAGAAUAAACGGCCGGCGGCGGCUAAGUCAAAAAACACCAACGAUCAGAAGCAGCAAAACAACUCUAAAGAUGGCAAGCAGCAAAACGCUGCUGGCGACAAGGACGAACGUCAACAGCCCUCAGCACAGAAGCCCCAAAAUGGCGAACAAAACGACGCCGGAAGUAAUGGCGAGAAAUCUCCGGCGACAGACAAAGCCGGCGGCGAUAAAGGCCAGGACACUAGUACCGGAGAAGGUGGUAGCAAAAAGAAGAAUAAAAAGGGGCAAAAUGGUAGUAAUACUGAUAAAGUCCAGGCAGAUAAUAAUUCCGGCCAAGCACCCGCACCUACCGGAUCAGCUCCUCCGGCCUCUGCGGCACCGGAUCCUGGCCCACGUCCGGUUUCAUCAACGGAUCUCGCGCCUUCACUUCCGCCGAUAUAUCCCUAUUCCCCAGUGUAUUAUGUGCCGCCAAUAUAUGGGGUGAGUUACAGUACGGUUUACCCUACUGUAAGUAACUUGCACUAUACCCCCGAUCAUGUGCAUGUCACCAAUGCGGACGCUCGCCCUAUUCGCUACAUGACUCCUCUACCGUCCGAUCCGAUUACUAAGUACAGCCAGGACGAGGACUACGAGGAUUAUGAUGGAAGUUCAUGCUCCAUAAUGUAAAA